GCUCACUCCAGUGGCUGCCCGGCCACCACGCCGGCACAAACAUCUUCGAUACUAAUCGAUAUUUCUACGAUUUACUACGACAAAACGUGAUAUUCAUUAAUUCAAUGGGUAUACGCACACUAAACAUAUCUCACGUUGAUAUUUCAAUGCUCCAGGAUUUCUCGAAAAGUGGUGAAGAAAUUCAAAUUUUCCAUUUAGUUCGAUGGAAUUUUUUUAAACAAAUUAUUUGUUAUGUUGUGGAGCUUUUGUGGUCCAGUUAUUUUCACUGAUUUUGGAAUGUGAGGAACUCGCUGGUAAUUGGCCACUAUCUCCUGUUCAACUUUAUCUCCAUAAUUCCAGAGAUGCCAACCGCGGAAGCAGUGGAGGAGCCAGCGGUAGUGGAGGACGUGGGGCAAUUGGACGAUCCUGACGAGCCCCCGGGGGGCGAGGAAAUUCGUCCCAAUGGCCAGCAGGGUGCUAGGGCUGGUAUCAUGAAGCCCUUGGUUGUCCUCGCUCUUCCUGGAAUGUAUCUCUUCUACAAGUACAGCCAGUAUCGUCGGGAGCAGCGAGAGCUCUCCAGGAGACGAAUCACCGAACGAGAAUUGCAGCAUCUCCACCACAAAAUUGAUAAAUUGCUGACGAAGUUGGAGGAGAAUGAACCCGAAAUGGCGUCUUCUCAGGAAGAUGAAUGCGUCAUCUGCGUCAAUGCCAGAGCGACGAUGCAGACAGCGCCCUGUGGACAUCGUGUCGUCUGCAGGCGUUGUUUCGUUAAGACGAUACAAAUGGCCGUCUCCCAGAGACUGUUGCCACUUCGGUGUGUCAUAUGUCGAGCGAAAAUUCUGCGAUUGAAGCAGACAUUGAUACCUAGAGACUACUCAAUGUCUGGGAAAUCCUGGGUACUACCUCAGAGCGCAUCCGAGUACAAUAUAGGGUCAGCUGGUGUUGGAACUAGUGGUAGUGGCCCCGGUGGAAGGUGGGGAACGGGUUCGGUUCCCGCAUCCGCGUCCCUUUACUCAAUGGCCAGUGGAUCAUCCUCCAUAUCUGGUGUGUCUUCCGUGUCAUCAGCGACUUCAUCAUCAGCUAGCAGUGCAGGGAGUUCAUCUAUGUCAAAACCAAUGCGAUUACGUCAACCCACCGGAGCCACAUUUCGAAAAACCCAAACGCAAUCGAUGAAAAUGCGAAUACAGGAGUACCAGGAGCCCAGUCAGCAGAUUGCCGAAGACGACGACGCGAUCAGGGACAAUCGCGAGAGACGACUGCCACCGAUAAAAGAAUUUCAGCGAGAUUAUCGCGCUGGAAAAGCUUCCACAAGGCUGAGAUGCGCACAGAAAAUAGUAACUCAACUUGAGAUAUCCCCGACUCACCGAGUCCCUCCGAGCAAUCCCCCGGCUCCAUCAUCAUCAUCAUCCUCAGCAUCGACCCGCGCAUCAACAAAAAGGCCGAGCUCAGCCCCUAGAACAGUUCUAACAGUAGCUCAAGAGGUGCAGAAAUCAAAAAAAGAAAAGGAAAAGGAGAAAGAGCGCGAGAAGGCGGAAAAAGCGAGACAAAAGGAGGAGGAAAAAGCGGAAAAAGCGAGAGCAAAGGAGGCAAAAAAAUUGGCAAAAGAGGAAAAGAAAAGAGCAAAAAAAGAGGCUAAAGCACGACGAAAGGAAGCUGAAGAGGCACUCCUCAGGGAUGAUAAAUAAUUUUACCCAAUAAUAAAAUCCUUGUUUUAUCCUUCAACCCCCAAUUUCCUGCCAAUGUAAAAUCCAAAACAAUGAGAAAAUACCCGUGAAAAAUAAUCUAGAACAAUAAAAUGGAUUUGAUAACCCAGAUGAAAAUAACGGCUUAAAAGCAUCAAGAGUAAUCGCUGAUGAAAAUUAAAGUUCAUAAUGCAGUUGUCAGGGUUGGCGGAACACAGGGUGAAUGUGAAGUUCAUUCGAAUAGGACAAGAAAAAAAUCCUCCCCUCGUAAUUUGACCGUUUGAAAAUACUUCGGUAGCUGUUUUUUUUUAAUAAAACCCUGGCUUCAUCUCAGAUAUUCCUGUUUCGCUGACCCUGUCGUUAGUGGGAUUCAAGCAGUGGCCAAAAAUAAUUAAAAUACAAAGAAAUAAAAAUCAAUAAAAUCUUUGAAGAUUAAAUAGUUGAAUUAUGAUUAGUUGAAACGACUAGGACUUCUAGUUUAGGUUUUGGGGAUGAAAUAAAUAACCGGAAAUGUUCCUUUGGUCAAUUGUUUUGAUAAGGAACAGUGCAUUUUUAGCCUAAGAGUUCAAUUGAACGAUCCUCUGCGUUCUCUAACUAGAUUAGAAAACAAAUAUUUUAAAGAAUUUACAAAAACUGUAGCAGCGAUUUUCCUCACCGAGCCAUGAAUUAAAAUCGGAAUGCCAUUGUAAAUCAAAAGUAGUCUUUUUUUAGGUAGAGAAUCGAUAUCAAAAAGACCGCGAGAUAAAGUGAUAGAAAUCAUCGGUAAAACUGAUCAUUACGGGAGAGAAAUUAUAUCGUUCCCGAUAAUUCCGUUAAUUUCGGUUGAUAUUUUACAACAGUGGAGGGGUAUUCCUGGAAUUAUUGAAAGUGAGUUAUGAGAUUUGAUGAUACCCAAAACGAAAAUCGAUGAUAUUUUUUUCUGGGUGAAUUUAUCAUUUUUUAAAAAUUUGCUUUGCGAAAAGGACUUUUUGUAACACUGAGAAUAACGAUAAGAGCUCGGCGCACAUAUCAAAAUGUUAGGAGAUUAUAUUGGCUUUAGUCGAUUCGGCUAGUUAACCCUAGUAAGUCAAUUACCAUCGUUGUUGAGAAAAUUUUAUGAAAUUGUUGAACCGUGACUCAUUGAAAACUCACAAGUUAAAGUGGCGGAGAAGUAGGAGUUAUGGUGGAAGGAUUGUUUUUAUUUCAGUUGUUUGAUCAAUGACUCAUCAGUUGAUUGAAUAGAUAUAUAUUGAAAUCAAUCAUUCGUGAAUAAUCAUUAUCAUGUAUAUCACCUGUAUCAAAUGUUAGCUUUCUGCUCACUCAAGUAUUCACCGCUUUCAUUGUCAUAUCGUCAUCAAGUAUAAUUUCUGUGAUCAAAAAUAGUCAGACCUGCCUAAUUGCGACCACUGCUUGACCAAGCAAAUGAUCGAAUUCUGACCUUUCUGUACAAGAUGGGGAUUUAUUUUUAUUUUCGUCUCAAUUUAAAAAACGACCUUCAACUGGAUGGAGAUGGGGUACGGGACUGGGAUCACCGGCGAUAAUCAAUGGGAUUUUAAUUAGAAUUUUUCUAUAACUCCAUUUUUUUUCUUCUCGUGAGCGAUGUCAUCUCGCUAUUCCAGUCUCUUUGAGACGCAUAAUACAAAUAAAGAAGAUAAACAAAUAUCUUAUCUUGUGAAAAUAUCUCCCAUGUAGAGAUGAAGCUGUAGAUAAAUUAUCAGCACUUGCAUGAGAAAACGGAUUAUGAUUUAAGGCUGCAAUCGAUCACCGGAGUAAUCGGUGCUCGAACCUUCAUAAAUGAAAUUAAACGAAAUCAUGAGAAUAAUUUCGCGUUUAUGGGUCAUCAUAUAGCCGUUAAAUCCAUGACAUUAGAACUAUAAUUCAUUCUAAACGAAAAUAAGUCGUUAUUCCCAGUGUAGGAAAAAACGUGAUAAAAAAUUGGAUGAAAAACAGAAAUAGGAUAAUGCAAACAAUCUGAUAAAUUCUCAGUCAUACCAGAAAUGUCAAUUUUUAUCGAGUACAUGGCGUGCUGAACUCUCUCAUCGUUGACGUGUGCUUGAAAACAAGGAUGUACCCGUCUACCAAAAAUACGAGAGAUGAAGAAAAAAAAGCGAGAUACAACCAAAUAAUAAUUUAAGAGGAAUAAAAAUACAUGGAAAUAAAAAUAAUAAAGGACGGAAAAAACGAUCUCUGCUGCUGCACAUUGUAUUCUGUAGGUGGACGCGACCUUCGAGCCACUCAAAUCGAUCAUUCGAUCCUUCAGUCGCCCUCACUGUCAAUUGUCAUGAGGACGAGGGGGUGAAGGUAAAGAGAAACAAGCUGUGCAAUUCGCGGAAUAAUUUAUAAAAUAAAUAUGGAGUAAUCGUAAUGAUUAAAGUGAGGAACAGCUUUAGAACAAUUCGGACUUAUUGAGGCAUUUGAAAUCGCAUCUUUACUGCAAUUGUAAUGUUAUUUUUUUAUACAUGUUCUGAGUUCAAUAAAACAUUCGUUUUUAUGACAUA